AUGGAUCGUGCCACAUGGAUGUAUAAAUUACCGCGGGUCGCACAUGAGUAUGUUAGUGGGGUUAAUGAAUUCAUUUCAUGUGCGGUGGAGAACUUAAAGAAGAAAGGCACUGAACAUGGUAAUGAAGAAAUGAUCACAUGUCCCUGUCGCGACUGUUCUAAUUUAAAAAAGUAUCCUAAUGUCGAGACAGUGCGUGAACAUUUAUUUCGACGUGGUUUCAUGAAAGAUUAUACUAAGUGGAUUUGGCAUGGUGAAGGAAUACAAUCUAAAAAAACAGAGACAAUUAGCAGAAAUAAUGAAAAUUAUGGAGAUGAUAUGGAGGAUACCAAUAAAGAAGAUGAUGUAGAAAACGACAGGGUCCAUGAGAUGAUUGAAGAUGUUGAAGAUCUUCUAAUGCACCAGCCGGAAGUUCUUGAACACUUGGUUGAUGACUCCAAAAAACCUUUGUAUCCCGGGUGCAGUGAUCAGUUUACGAGGUUGUCAACUACCCUUAAAUUGUGUAAGCUUAAAGUGAAGAAUGGGUGGAGUGACAAGAGUUUCACUGAAAUGCUAAAACUUCUGGCAGACAUUCUUCCGCUGAAGAAUGAGCUUCCCACUUCCACCUAUGAGGCGAAGAAGAUAUUGUGUCCGAUGGGUAUGAAUGUGAAGAAGAUACAUGCAUGUCCAAAUCACUGUGUGUUGUUUCGCAACGAGCAUGAACAUCUACACGCCUGUCCAAAAUGCAGAGCAUCUAGGUUCAAGCGGGAAGGAAGUAAUUCUUGUACUAAUGACAAGAAGAGGCCUCCGGUCAAGGUUUUGCGUUAUCUGCCUAUAGUGGAACGAUUCAAACGACUCUUUGCAAAUGUAAAUGAUGCGAAGCUUUUGAGAUGGCAUGUUGAAGGAAGAAAAUCUGAUGGGAUGCUCCGACACCCAGCCGACUCACCACAAUGGAGAACCAUUGAUGGAAAGUUUCCGGAAUUUGGUGGAGAACUUAGAAACCUUCGACUUGGCCUUUCUGCAGAUGGCAUGAAUCCGUAUCGCACUUUAAGCUCACAACAUAAUACUUGGCCGGUUGUUUUAACCAUUUAUAACUUGCCUCCUUGGUUAUGCAUGAAGCGCAAGUACAUAAUGUUGGCGUUGCUAAUACCCGGCCCUAAAGAGGCAGGGAAUGACAUAGAUGUUUAUCUCCAGCCACUUAUUGAAGAUCUAAUGUUAUUGUGGGAUCAAGGUGUGGAGAUAUAUGAUGCCUACAGCCGAACAAACUUCAUCCUGCAUGCCAUGGUUUUCUGCACCAUAAGCGACUUUCCUGGAUACGGAAAUCUAUCUGGGUACAGUGUCAAAGGAGCUAAUGCUUGUCCGAUUUGUGUAGAUGCGACGAUUGACAUUCGCUUACACAAUUGCAAAAAAAAUGUAUACAUGGGUCAUCGUACUUUUCUUCCUCUUAACCACCCUUAUCGUAAGAACAAAAAGUCUUUUGAUGGGACUAUCGAAACUCGAGUGGCUCGUUUACCUUUAACCGGGAAGGAGGUUUUUCAACGAGAGAUAUUGAUGUUGUGCUUGGGAAGUUAUAUAAAAGGCCAACCGUAA